CUGAAGUAAAGUAUAAAAGAUAGGACUCCUCAUUGACCCUCACACAAUCACUAAAGUUCUGAAAGAGAAGAUUUGACAAAAAGAUUCAUCAUGGCAGUCAUGAGAGCUCUUGUGUUUCUUUUCUUGGUCUUUUCUGUUCAGAAUGCAGCAGCACGUGAAUGCCAUCAUGGAUGGACACCUUUUGGUACGAAAUGCUACAAAUUCUUCUCUGAUUCAGUUGACUGGGUCACAGCUGAGAUAAACUGUCAGUCCGUUGAUGCAAAUCUUGCAUCUGUGCGCAGUAAAGUGGAAAACAACUUUCUCCAGACUCUCCUUGUGUCUGCUGACACACGUGCUUGGAUUGGUGCCCAUGAUGGUGAAAAGAAAGGACAAUGGCUGUGGUCUGAUGGAUCUCAGUUUGACCUCACCAAUUGGUGCUCCGGAAAACCUGACAAUUCUGGUGGUAAAGAGGACUGCCUGGAGAUAAACUUUAGCAAUAACCAUUGCUGGAAUGAUGCGCCCUGUUCAACCACAAUGAGCUACAUUUGUGCCAAACCUCUGAUAUCAUAAAAAAAAAAUACUAUGAUUGUACUACAUUUUCUGAUCUUAUCCUUAAAAGUCAGUAUCUUACUGUACCUUUCUGAUUUAAAAAAAUCAAUAAAAGCAUUUAUAAAGCAAA